AUGCCCCCCAAGUCCAAAUCCAAAAAAGCAACGACAACCCCCCAAAACCAAAAACAACCCUCCAAUGCCAAUCACAACCCUCCAAAUUGGCCGCCCCUCCGCCCCCUCCUUCCCCCGACAGACCUCACCCUCACGCCCCUCGUCACAGACCAGAUCUACCUAAUCCGCAACUUCCUCCCGGGAACACUUUGCAAGAACUACGUGUCAUUCCUCGCGUCCCUCCCGCUCACCACCACACCGGGCAAACCCAAGAAAGAUGAGGCAGUGCGCGUCAAUGACCGGUUCCAGAUUGAGGACGCAAGGUUCGCGGAGAUGUUGUGGGGGGAGACGGCGUUGAGAGAGCUUGUGAUGGAGAGGUUUGAUGAGGGCGAUUAUGAUUAUGAUGAAGAAGAGGGGAAGAAGGAAGAGAGCACUCUGGAACGGGCGCGAAAAGCACACCACCUUUGGGGCGGGACGCCGCUGGGGUUGAACUCGAAUAUUAGGGUGUAUCGCUAUUCACCGGGUCAAUUCUUUGCGCAGCAUUACGACGAAUCCAACACCCUCACAUUCACCUCUCCCUCAACACCCAGUCCAACACCCGCGCGUACAACUUGGACUCUCCUCAUCUACCUAAGCUCCUGCACAGGCGGCUCAACCACCUUCUAUCCGGACGCGACGCGCGCGAAUCCACAUCCAAAACCGAUCUCCGUAGCCCCUGAGACGGGGCUGGCGCUGCUUCAUCGACAUGGGGAGAGGUGUAUGCUUCACGAGGGGAGUGAGGUGGUUAGUGGGGAGAAGUGGGUUUUGAGGAGUGAUUUGGUUGUUGCGAGGUAG